UCCCAAAUCCCUUUCCACUUUCACAAAAAGCCCUAAAUGCACAAUUCGAUCCCUUCUCUGCCACAGUGUCUCUCUUCCCUAAGAAGAGGAACAAUAAUUGUAAUCCAUUAUUAAGAGUUGUGUUUGCUCAACCCUUUUCAGGAAAACCAGCCCCUUCGCAUGUUAAGAAACCAAACCCAGCUGCCUGGAAUUCCAUCAGAAAAUCCAGAUCCUUAUUCAAGCUUUCUCUUUAGCUAGUAGUAUCACUGUUGAUUCUCAAACAAUUUAAGCAAACAAAAAAAAAGUACUUGAAAACUCUGUGUGUGUGUGUGUCUCUCUCUCUCUCUCUGAGAGAGAAAGAGCCAAGAGGUGCAGUCCUCUCAGAGCUCUCCCAUCAAUCUCAUCACAUCCACAACAAAAAUCAUCAUAAUCUUUUUCUGCUUCACCAUUUCCAGCUCUAUUUCCUUUUCUCUCUCUUUCUCUCUCUUUUCACUCCAUCCAUCUCUUUUCAGAAUAUGGAAUUCCGUCUGUAAUAUCAAUCAAUAAUUAGGGUCAGUUUUGUUUCCUUGUUUUCAUAAUCAACACUAGAAAUCAAUCAAAGAUUUAUCGAGUACUGUGCCAGUACCACUUCUUCAAAAAUUAUUUAAACUCAACUCUCUCUUUCUUUGUGGUGAGAAUCGGAAACCCUAGAAGAAGAAGAAAGUAAUUAGUAAGUCCAUGGAUUCAAUCCCAGAUAUGGAUGACUCCCCCAACUCUGCAGAGCACACAAUUCAGAACCAUAACCUAAUUAUGACCACAGCUGGCAUGAUGAUGAACAGCGGCGCAGCUAGUUCUGGUGUGACACUAGCAGCUUCGGCUUCUUCUUCUUCAUCUUCUCCUGGUUCCAGUAGCCGCUACGAGAACCAAAAGCGCCGUGACUGGAACACCUUCGGGCAGUACCUGAAGAACCACCGCCCUCCGCUCUCCCUCUCCCGCUGCAGCGGCGCUCAUGUUCUCGAGUUUCUCCGCUACCUCGACCAGUUCGGCAAGACAAAAGUCCACACUCCAAUCUGCCCCUUCUAUGGCCACCCCAACCCGCCCGCCCCCUGCCCCUGCCCGCUCCGCCAGGCCUGGGGCAGCCUGGACGCUCUCAUCGGCCGUCUUCGAGCCGCCUUUGAGGAGAACGGAGGCAAGCCCGAAGCCAACCCUUUCGGAGCUAGAGCCGUUAGGCUCUACCUCCGUGAGGUUCGGGACCUGCAGUCCAAAGCAAGAGGAAUCAGCUACGAGAAGAAGAAGCGGAAGCGCCCGCCGCUGCCGCAACAGUUGCCUCCACCGACUCAGCAUCAGCCUUCUCCGGGUGCCAGCUGUCAAUAAGCUCAAGUCAUAGCUCUAACAAUGAUCCAUUGAUCUAAUCGAUGGAAAAUGAUGAGCUAGCUCUAGCAGAUGGUAUUUUCUUAAAUUUCAUGCUUUUAAGUUGAAACUAUGUUGGUAUGGUAUUUGGGUGUUGUCUAGGGUUUAGUAAAUUUUAUGUGGUUGUUGGUAGCCACUCUGAGCACUACUUGAGAGACUACUUGUGUUUCAGUUUCUGUGCUUAAUUAAUUUUCUGUUUCUUCUAUUUGCUAUGAGUAGUUGAGUACUGAAAGCAAUUAUUAGAUC